UGCCGCUGAAGGGUGACCGUUUGUUCAGAGAAAAGGGAAAGGAUUACCUUGUCCGCUGUCGUUUGCUAUUCGCUGUACGGUUGCGAUCGACACGGCGUGCAUAGAGGUAGAGUUGCUUGGUGAAGUUUUGCGCCCUCAGCGCACCAUUUAAUUGCGUACGACACUUGAAAGGCAGAAGGUUGUGUUUGCUGGUGCCGCUGCUGCUACCAAUCUCAAGAGCGUUUGCUUUCGAUUUUUGCGAUCCAGCAGUCCCGUCCGUUGUUAGUGUAGUUAAAAUAAAGCUGCAAAAGGAAAAUAAUAAAAAAAAACAUUGGUGCAUUUCACCUUCCGUUUGCCGCACCCCCCAAUAGGUGAAAGCGAAAAAAAGCCAAGUGGAGAAAGUGAACGAAACAGAAAAAAAAUCUAAAAAAAAUCACUAGUGGACGCCUUUUUGUUAAAGCGCAUCAAUCAAUCAACAUCGACUAACAUCAAACAUUCUCCGUUCAGCCACUACUACUGCUUCGAGGGAUUUUACAUAAAACACAAAACAGAAAAAUAAAAACAUCUCACGAUGUCGGACGAGAGCCAAGAUAAUGGAUCCAGCAGGAACGGGUCGGUGCCAGAAAUAGAACUGAUUAUAAAGGCAUCGACGAUUGAUGGAAGACGGAAGGGGGCAUGUCUGUUCUGCCAGGAGUACUUCAUGGAUCUGUAUCUGCUAGCUGAGCUGAAGACUAUCAGUCUGAAGGUGACGACAGUAUGCAUGCAGAAACCUCCGCCCGAUUUUCGCACCAACUUUGAGGCUACCCACCCUCCAAUUCUGAUAGACAACGGGCUCGCCAUACUGGAGAACGAGAAGAUUGAGCGACACAUCAUGAAGUCGGUGCCGGGCGGGUACAACCUGUUCGUGCAGGACAAGGAGGUCGCAACGCUCAUAGAGAAUCUGUAUUCGAAGCUCAAGCUGAUGCUGGUGAAAAAGGACGAGAACAAAAACAAUGCCCUGUUGGUGCAUCUGAAAAAGAUCAACGACCAUCUGGCGGCCAGGGGCACCCGCUUCCUGACCGGUGACACGAUGUGUUGCUUCGACUGCGAGCUGAUGCCGCGCCUGCAGCACAUCAGAGUGGCCGGCAAAUAUUUCGUGGAUUUCGAUAUACCAAAACAUUUAACGGCAUUGUGGCGGUACAUGUACCAUAUGUAUCAGUUGGACGCGUUUACGCAGUCUUGUCCCGCCGACCAGGAUAUCAUCAAUCACUACAAACUGCAACAGGCAAAAGGUGACAUAAAGAUGCUGAAAAUGAAAAAGCAUGAGGAGCUGGAAACGCCGACGUUCACUACAUCGAUUCCGGUUGAUUUAAAUGAGCACUAAAUGGGCAGGCAUAUAUCGAGCGAAGGAGGAAUGAAGAUUUAAAACAAUCGCAACUUUGCAGUACGAAAUAGGCAUUAUGAAUAGUUUUAGACGAAUGAUUCCAAAGUCUAAUCUACAGCAAUGCAUUGGGUGAAUUUUAAACCACGAAAGCUGAAGCGAAUUCAAGCGGAAAGCAUCAUUACUAUCAAGCACACUUUAGCCUUUUUUUCAUGAUCAUAAUCUGAGCCCUGACGCAUUGCUACAUUCGGAAUUGGUUUGCAUCAUUCGUGUAAAGCUUGGGAGUACUGCGUUCAGAGAACAUCUUCCAGUGUAUUUGGAAUCAAAAUGAAACGAAUGAAUUCUGAAUAUUAGACAUGUACGUUUUCUUUCACAUUUUCAAAUUAUAUUAGGUAGAAAUCUAGUGGUGGUAGCAAACAGUUUGCUAUGCGUCCAAAAACCGUAACGGUGAACUUUAUACGAUCAAAUGAAAAGCCUUGCAUAAAACGCCAGCAACGAAACGAACUAUUUUCUACAACAAUAAAACAUUAUAAGCAAAUCUAAAUCAUAGUAGAAGCAACACUGAAAAGGGAAAUAGCAAUGUACAUUAAAAGAGUUAAUAUUAAGUUGCAUCCUGCCUUUCGUUUGCAUACUACGUGUUACUUACUUUCCAUUUCGUGGAAGGCAAUUUCUUUAUCUGAACUACCCGUUUUCCUAUUGCUAUUACCGCCGACCAUAACUCAUAUAAGAAUUCGUAAAGAACACUCUGUUGUUAUCGUUGUAAUUUAGAAGGUGAUGAACGGUGAAUACGGCCACGAUACCCACAAGUUUAUCAGCGGCAGCAGUAUAGUGAGAAGUAGUACUUCUUUCUGUUUUGUUUUUAAUCUUUCUAUUUUUAGCUAUACCUUUAUAUUUACCGGCACCUUAUACAACUUGCUUAUGAAUAAAAAUGAAUUAAUCGAAUGGAUCACGGCGAA